CCGGUUGAGUCAUAUUCCAGACCUCUCUGACAAAGGUUCAACAAAGUUUAUAGGUGAAAGUGUUGACCUUUCUAUGAUUGACAAACCUUUGUCACCCUCUGGUCUCUUAGAGUGUUCGAAUGGGGACCAAAAGUCGCCCAAAAUCGACAAAAAUGAAAAAACAACAAGAGGUCGCACCCACUCGAUGACCAACGGCUGCCUGAAGUCGCCGGUGUCCAACGGCAGCUUCAGCUUCGACCACAUGCGCAGCGACGGCCAGGUGUACCACACGGUGCACAAGGACUCGGGCCUGUACAAGGACCUGCUGCACAAGAUCCACCUGGGCCGUCUGGACGACGAGCGCAACGCCGCGCGGCCCGACAACAACUACCGCCUGCUGCGCCGCAACAACAGCUACACCUGCUACACAGCGGCCAUCUGCGGCAUGCCCAUGCAGCCGCUGCGCUCCGAGUCCACCACCUCCGCCGAGGACAGCGAGAAGCUGGUGGGCGACACCGUGCUCUACUCCAAGAAGCGCGUGCGCUACGACAGCUACUCCAGCUACUGCAACGCCGUGGCCGAGGCGGAGAUCGAGGCGGAGGAGGGGGACGUGGACGUCAAGUUGGCGUCGGAGAAGAUGGCAGACGGCGCGCCAGGCCCAGGAGGCCCCGGCGGGCUGGAGGACCUUCCCGAGGAGGAGAAGGAGGAGAAGGACAAGCCACAGGUCUUCCUGCUCUUCCACUUCCUGCAGAUCCUCACCGCCUGCUUCGGCUCCUUCGCACACGGAGGCAACGAUGUCAGUAAUGCCAUCGGGCCACUGGUGGCGCUGUGGAUGAUCUACGAGCAGGGCGGGGUGAUGCAGGACGCCUCCACCCCCAUCUGGUUGCUAUUCUACGGGGGCAUCGGCAUCUGUGCCGGCCUGUGGGUGUGGGGACGCCGCGUCAUCCAGACCAUGGGCAAGGACCUUACUCCCAUCACCCCAUCCAGUGGAUUCACUAUAGAGUUGGCCUCGGCACUCACAGUGGUGCUGGCGUCCAAUAUCGGAAUUCCAGUCAGUACCACCCACUGCAAGGUGGGCUCGGUGGUGGCGGUGGGCUGGCUGAGGUCCAAGAAGGCGGUGGACUGGCGGCUGUUCCGCAACAUCUUCCUGGCCUGGUUCGUCACAGUGCCCGUGGCCGGCCUCUUCAGCGCAGCCGUCAUGGCGCUCUUUGUCUACGGCAUCCUGCCCUACGUCUGACCGACCCCGACACGAGGAGGAGGAGGAGAUACGACGGGACGGACGACAAGAACGAACGACAAGAACGGACGGACGGAAAGAACGACAGAGAGGAGAGUGAGCGAGGAAGAAAGAGAGGGAAAAAGAAGGGUGAGGGAGGGGAAGGAUUAAGUUUGAGAUGGCCUAGCAAGAAAUAGUUGUGAAUAUUUAAAAAAACAAAAGUAAAGCGAACGAAAGGAAGGAUUGGGGGGAAAUGUGAGGAAACGGGGGACAGUGUUCAGUUCUAUUCGAUGACGUGCUGCCAGGAAGUGACAUGGAAGAUCUUCCUGCCGUCAUGUCAGCUCUUUUAUUUAUUGUUUUUUUUUUUUUUUUUCGUUUGUCUUUACCAAAAUUUAGCUUUUUGCACCCGAAGCAACAAGAGAAGGAAAAAAAAAACGCUCAUGAGCUGCAGUGAUAUGACAUGACAUUGUAUUCAUCUACAUCAUGCCACACACAGGUACAAAUAGGACUAACAACACAUGCAGAACACACACACACACACACACACACACACACACACACACACACACAAAUACACAAAUAAGAUUAACAACUCAACACUUACACACACACACACACACACGUGUGCAAAUAAUACUAGCAACUCAUGCAGAGAACACACACACACACAAGAGAAGAGAAGAGAAGACAGGCACAUGGGUCAGUGGUGGGGCCUUGAGAAUGACACUAGAUCCACUACACUGGGCUGCUCCACUCUUCAUACCAUUAACAUCAGCACAUACUGAAACCCUGACCAUGCGCCUCGAGCAGCACCUCACCAGGGUUCCGUUGGUCUUUUGUGUUGCCAUAGAAACCCUUUCCCAGAAGGCAGUGGUCAUAUUGCUGUAUUUGUUAUUGUUUUUUUUCUUUUCUUGUUUUUUUUUUCUGAAAAAAAGAUGAAGAUUCUUGUUUUAGUACUUUACCGUACUGUCCUUUUUCUGUAUAUAUUCUUUGAAAUGUGUUUUUUUUUUUUUGUUCUUUUGGGUUUUUCUAAAUGAUGUUACGUUACAAAGUAUAAUAAUGGAAUGUUUUGUCUAAAAUGCUCUGUAGUGGGAGAUCUCAGCCUCAAAAUUCCCGCCCACAAACGCAGGCGCACACACACACACACACACACACACACACACACACACACACACACACACACACACACCCCGCAAUCACACACCGACAAACAAGAGCACCAUUCUUCCCCUCUCUCACACACACACACACACACGUUCAUUUAACAAGUUACGUUUUAACGAUUUAUGAUGCUCAGAUGAAAUUCAUGAUAUUUAACAGAGUAUUAGCUUUUUUUAAAACGAUAAUUUCAAGGAAAUGUUCUCACGAUGAA